AGCAGGAAGUGUGUUGUUGUGUGAGCCGAGUGUGUGAGCUGUGGCAGUAACAAUGCCUUCAGUUCAGUAUCUGAGAGAGUUUAUCAACGAGCGACUAACUGCUGCUGCUGAACAAAUAUUCUUGGAGUUUGAAAAAACGAUUGUCCAGUACGAGGAAGAGAUCGACCGUCAGCGCAGACUGCUGGAUAUCACCUGGAAACCCGAAAUCAAGCUGCACAGGACAGACGUCCCACAGCAGCAUGUCUGUAAGGAGGAGCUUCUCACUGACCAGCAGCUCUGUAACCAAGAGGGUCUCAACCAGAAGGAAUCAGAACUUCCUCAUAUUAAGGAGGAACAGGAGCAACUUUGCAGCAGUCAGGAGAGAAGACAGGUUAUACUGAAGGAGGAGACUGAUACCUUCAUGGUGACUGCUGAUUAUGGGGAAAGUGACCACAGUAAACCAGAACAAAAGAGUAACCAGCUUCUCUCUCACAGCUCUGCUGUAGGUGAGAGCCAAUAUCAGGAAAUAAGGAAGAAGUUUGAUUCAGGAUCAGCUGGAAAUAGAAACAAAAGUCUCAACAACGCUGAAUAUCCACCUACUUCAGGAAGUCAUUGUAACUCUGAUAAAAGUAAAAAGUCUUCAAACUGUGAUGUUUGUGGAAAAGCCUUUAAGUAUGAUUAUAUAAUGAGAAGGCAUUAUCGAAUCCACACAGGUGAGAGGCCGUUCUCUUGUAAAAUGUGUGGGAAAACGUUUAUAUCUGCUAGUUCUUUGUUGAAGCACACAAAAACUCACUCAGGUGUUAAGCCAUUGUGUUGCACAACUUGUGGAAAAAGGUUUGCAUAUAACAGUGAUUUACUGAAGCACACAAUAUCACACACUGGGGAGAAACCAUAUCAUUGUGCAACAUGUGGGAAAGUGUUUGGAUAUAGUAGUUCUUUAAUGACGCAUAUGAGAAUGCACACAGGUGUGAAACCAUAUAAUUGUAAAACAUGUGGGAAGACGUUCAAACGUAACUGUCAUUUAACGGAGCACAUAAGAACUCACACAGGUGAGGAACUCAGGACUUAGAACUCUUUUAUUGUCAAUGUAUAGUUGCUUGCACACUGAAAUUUGGAAGCAAUACCACAUAGUGUGAAAAUAAAGACAACAAUAUACUAGGAAGAAGAAGAACAGACAAUAUAAGAACACUAUGUACACUAUAAACAUGAUGUACAUGUCAUAAUAAAACAUUGUAAAUAAUAAAUAAGGGUGUAAGGGCUAUGGUCAUUAAGGGAUGGAGAUUGCACAUAUAGCUGAAAUAUUGCACAGCAGGAGCAGAAUAUUGUAUGGGAACAAAAAGAAACUCACACACAAAGCAGCAGGAAGCUGUCCUUCUCAACUACAUAAAACGGGGCCAUGCCUUUACAAAUGUAAUGUGAGACGGCUCCUGUGAUUUGUUUAUGGCGCUGGGAUGUUUUCUCAUGAGGGCCUUGUGUGAAAGACUGCUGUAUCUUCAGCUGGUAUGGUUUUUCUUUUCCCAACUUGCUCCCAUCGUUCCACAACUUGGUUUAGCUUGGAUUUUCUGGAUUCUUGAGUAUUCUUUUUUGUGGACCUUCUAUAAGUGAUAGAAGAGAUUUGUUGUGUUGCCAUCGGGUGCAGGAA